AUGAUCAGUGCUGCUUAUUUAUCAAAACAUUUCAAACGAAUAACAAUCAUAGAAUCAGAUGAUGUGUUAAGUGAUACUUUAAAUAAAUCCACACCCAAUGAAUUAUUAGCUUAUCAUUGUCACCUUGAAAGUCCAACAUCAAUAGGACGCUCAGGUGUUAGUCAAAUCUACCAAAUACACGUACUCAAAGCUGAAGUAUUUAAUGUAUUACAUGAAUUAUUUCCUCAUUUAAAAUAUAAAUUGAAAAAUGAAUAUAAUGUUCGUCUAUAUUCAUUAAAAAAAGCAAUUCAACUAAUUGUUGAUCAAUCAGUCAAUAUUGUUCAAGAUGUAAAAUAUCGAUUAAAACAACAUGUUGAUUCACAAUUUAAUUUAAUUGUACCAACUGAACAAAUACAUUUUGGUUGUGGUUAUAUUUCAUUUAUAGGUGAAAGAUUUAAAACAGGAAAUCCAUCAUUAGAUUCAAUAUCUAUUAUUGGCUGCAAUAUUAAUUCAUCAGAUAAUAAUACAGGAUGUUAUAUAACUCCAAUACGCAAUGCAAUGUGUGCAUUUAAUCCUCAACAUGCACAGGGUAUGACACAUGCAUUACGACAUGCAAGAGAUCAACGUGUUGCAGCCAUUACUGAAGAAUGUUGGCUUGCUUCAACAAUAAGUGAUUGGAAAACACCAACAUUAAAAAUCAUAAAAAAUUGA